AUGUCCGAAGGAACGAGGCCCAAAUAUGACAACCUCCCCGGCAUUGACACUGCGCCCGACAUCUACGAGACCCCCGAUCUCGCCGAAGAUGUCUCGACAAUUCAGGCAUCGACUGUUGUUUCCGAGGACGAAGACGGCGAGUCCGCGCUGGAUCGCCAGCGAUUCCAGACCGAUCAAGCCCGCAAUCGAUUUCAGCCCUCCAGAGUAGACGCACAAGGUGUUGACUUCUCCGACAACAUUGCUGCCCAGCGCCGGUCGUAUCGCACAACCACCCGGGCUAGGCGGCGUCGAGGCGAGAUCCUAGGCGAUGACAGCGACGAAGAGCAAGAGAGCUUCGAAGCUAAACUCAACAGAGUGAAAAGAGAGCUGCUAGAGCUCGAGAACGAGUACGAGCGGAGGGUUGAGACAGGAGACAAGUCGCAGAUUGAAGAGCUUGAUCCGAAGCAGCAGAUGGAGUACAUUUCGAACAAGGUCGACUCAAUAUACACAAUGCGGCGAGGAGGCGCUCGGGGUGCCGAGGCACAACUCGACAGGACUGUCCAGAAGUUUAAAGACUACAAGCCCUUUGAUCCAAGCCCGAGGAUCACCAAGAUCGUCGCGAAACAGCCACCCCUGCCCGGUACACAAAUACAGAGAAACCAGCUGGAGUAUGUCCUUAACCAAGCGGCCGAUUUUGACAAGAGGAUCUCGCAAUUGGAAAACAACCUAGGCUUGAACGGAAACACAAUGCCUGAGCUGAGCGACAAACCAUCAUUCCCUGUCUUCACCACACUGCAGACAUUGGAGCAGACACUUGGCCUGCUUGGAGAUGCCUCAACAAACAACCUCGAAGGUGCGAUACAGCAGAUUAGGAAGCUCACGGCGGAUGCCGAGCAACUCAAGGCAACACGAGAGGACGCUGCCCGCACAGGCUCAGUUUCGAGUGACGGAACUUCACCGGCAUACCCAGAUCAGGAGGCCAAAAUCAAUGCUCUAUACGGCACACUACCCUCCAUCGACAAGCUCUCUCCUGUACUGCCUUUGAUCCUGGAGCGUCUGCGCACCUUGCGUCUUGUACAUACGAGCGCGUGGCAGGCUGACGAAGUCUUGACAGCACUGGAGGCACGCCAGUCAAGGCAGGAAGAGGAGAUCAAGAAGUGGGAGAAGCAGCUCGUUAUCGUGGAGAAGGAUAUGGAGAAGGCCACAACGACUAUGCACAGCAACAUGAAAGUCGUAGGCGAUGAUGUCAAGAAGAUUGAUGCGAAGGUUGAGAAACUGCUGAGUGGUGGCAGUGCAUAA